CAGCGUCUGAGUUUCCGACUACCAGCAUCCAGCCUUUGCUCUGGGCUCCGUGCGUCCUAUGCAAAGGGCCGCAUGGCCCCUCAUCUCCCCCAGAAAGCCCUCUAGCUUUUACCUCCGUCCUCACAACAGAACAUUUGUCGCAACGGCCCGGUACUUCAAUCUUUCGGAUGGAUUGGAUGAAGUCAAUGGGUCCUCAUUGGUUGGCGCGUUACAACGUCCAUCACCAAAGACCACCUCACUCGAGACAGACUCGUUACCACAGAAAGCGCAUCUUUUUGACGCCCUCUCCUCUUCAAAUAGCGCGUUGCAGGGUCUUCCCCAAUCUUCACUCGACAUCCUCGCCCAAGUCGACCGUACUCUUCCGGCUAUAUUGGGAGAAGUCGAAACUGACUCGACAUCCAUAUUCGAGGACUGCACCUCAGAAGAAUAUACGGUCGUUGUCAACGCCUUCCACCCCCCCGCUCCGACCUCUUCCCAAACUCUCGAGUCUCUUGUCUCCCAGGAGCAGGAUUAUACUCGAGCGCUGCGUCUACUGGACGAGUUGCAGGCCGUAGGGACUAUCAUCCCUCGUUCACCUAUCUAUGCAGACGCGGCCGUCGCUGUCUUGAAUGCGACUCCCAAGACGGAGGAUGAGGCAGCCAACCAAGUACAUAUGUUGACCCAGUGGGUCUCGCUCCUCCCUGGUGCAGAAGCGCCGGAAGCAUUUCGCUCUGUGUGGGAGCACUUGUGCACUUCGACUUUGGACUCAGUCCGAGUCUAUUCAGCGCUUGCGCUUCUCGGUGUCGAAAAAGGCUUCGCGAAUGAGGUUUCUGCGACCGCCAUGCGUCUGAUCAGCACGCAGGGCGACCUGUCGAGCAUCAAGCACGGCCUAGAGGAGAUCCCCAUCCGGCACGAACGAUACCUCAAAAACUCCAGAUGUACCCAAGCUAUACCCAAGCUGGUCUCCACACUUCGGACGCAGAUCCUGUCAGUCGCCAUCCAGACAUUGGCGAGGGAAGAAAGAUUCGACGAUGCUAUACAACUUGUGCCAGAUCCACUGGAAACGAAUCUGCAUGCCACUCCCUAUGCGUACAACUAUCUCAUCCACAAGUUGCGCGCAACGAAGAACGACGCCUAUCUACCUUAUAUCCAAUUUGUGGCACAGCACAAGUCCGUCGCCCGACUCAAGUCAACGGCAAUUCGCAGGUGCCAUCCUGAACAGCUUGGGUUGUGCAUCCGGUCGCUCGCACAUGCUAAUCGAACGGAUCUGGCCACCGUUCUCCUAGAAGAGGUCGUCCACCUCCGAGUCCCGAUAGGCCUUCGCACCUACACGUUCCUGCUGGAAAGGCUGAGGGCUGCGUCGGGUGACGAUGUUGUCAUUCAACGAAUUGCAGAACUUGCCGAGUCGGCGCAGCCUGACGAUUCGAGCCAGAGUCCCGACUUCGAUUACGGCAAAUCCGUUCAGGUGCUGACACGAUGUUGGUCACUAGACGAUGCUCUUGCACUAGUCUAUCUGUAUCAUCAAAACACCCCCUCUCCGCUCCGUUCCAUCCUUAACAAACUGUUGUGGAGACUGUCCGCAUCCUUUGAUCCUGCAUACGCCAAGGACAUUGCGAGGCUGACCAAGCUGGCCAAACCACCAUCAAAGUCGGUACCGGAGCCAUCACUUCAGUACUGCUUGUCUCUCAAAGCAGGCCAAACUUCUGCGUCUGAUCUAGCAGCCUAUCUGCGGCUUCUGAAAGCGCGUUAUCAAGCGCCGAACCCGCACGGGAUUCCACAGGUGCAUGUUGUAUCGCAUUUCCUCCAUCUGUGCCUGGCUAGCGACCGGCUGCGUGCUAUAUCUCUUCUGCGUAGCGUUGCCUUCAAGCGGAAGGCGUCUAGGCUCUCGUUCAUCGUUGGGGAGAUGGUCUACCAGGAACACUGUGGCAGACCUGAUCUCGUGCUCAGGACAUUCGCUUCCCAUUUCCAUCUGUCUGGCGUUCCCCGAGACUCCGUGUUGCUUCAGCUCUCGCAUCUGCCGGAAGUGGAUCCAACGGACUCGAUUUGGAUAUCUCGUCGACAGGUCAAGCUCCACCCGCGGCCGGAGAUCACCGCUGUGGUUUGGCGGGCGCUGCUCAAAUUGAUACAGGACCACAGCUCUCUGGAGAACCUGUAUCGCUCUUUGCUGGGGGCAGCCAGGACGGGAAAUGCGGAGAGCUCGGUCCAGGCUGGUGGAAUGACAACCGUCCCUCUCAGGAUACAUCCUCACGCAAUGACACCCUUCAUCCGACGACUGGAAGAUGCCUUCGGGGGCGAUCGUGGGGUGCAAGUGGUUCGCGAGAUGAUUCAAGCUGGGGUUCGACCCACGAUUGGACACUGGACCGAAUUGGGUCGGCUGUAUGCAAGGAGAGGCGAUGUCAAGCAAGUCAUGACCGUAUUGGAUCAAGUCGAGUUGUCUGCCACCCAGAACCUUCUUGAACUCGACGUCACCUUCUAUGCCAAUUUGAUCCGCGCUUUGCUCGAUCGGAACAGCGUCCGAGAAGCACAAAUCGUCGAGCAGCGGUUGCUGGCGAGCUUUGAACAUCGUGCUGAGCCGGAAUCCAGUCUAAGUAAAUUCCUUCAUUCGCUCCGUAGGGACAUCAAACAGGCGCAGGUGUGUUGAUUGUUCUUAUGUCAACUGCGCCUCGAUUGACGACUGUUACAGGUGAGAAUCGGAGAUAGGGAACAACAGAAAAAUGUAAAAAAGACUACAUAAUACACAAUUCAUGCCAAAUGCAGAAUAUUGCCAUCGGGGACGGGCCCGCCUGAGCCGUCGAAAGGCACGCCAGGUGCGAUGCCAAAGGCGAGGGGGCCUUGAUUAGUGGUUCCCAUCGCUCCAGGUACGGCCAUCAUCUGCAUCGCUGACAUCGCACCUUGGACGGGCUGGCCUUGGGCGUUAUGACGGGCGAUCUCAGCUUUCGCAUCAUCGAUGACUUUGCGAAUUCCAACUCGUUCCUGGACCAGGGCCAAACGCGCACUUUCCAGGCCUCUCCGCUCCUCCUCGAGGAUGGACUCGAGCUCCUCGAAUUGAUUCAUCUUGACCUCCAGCUUUGUCAAUGUCAAUUUGAUCAGGUUCGCUAGUGACGACCGAAUCUGGGUUUCUUCAGCGUCGGCAAGGGCAGCGGCAGCCUUGCCGGACGACUUGAGAGCCAGUUCUGCCGCGCGCACAGCCUGUGAAUGCGGCACAGCGCGUUUGCCACCAGUCACAAUCGGCGCGUCAAUGGAGUCCGUCUUGGAGUCUUCAUCGCCCACACUCGUCAGAUGCUGCAGAGCAGUCUUGGCACCCUCCGCAGCCACACCAGGGGCGACGACUCCCGCCAGAAACGCCACGACACUCAUCACAGGAUUGUCCGCCUGUUCGAAGGGAAUCCGCCCAUGCCGCAAUGGACCCAUCGACGCUUCCGUGGCCAGAUACGGGUCCUCGAUGGGCAGAGAAAGGAAUUUGCGCACGCAGGCUUGUGCAUUCCGGCUCCCAACAUACUCUUCGACCCGGCCCCAAUCAUCAUCGUACAUUUCCACUGCCUCAAGCAGAAGGAGCACCUCUGCGUCCGUCCAGUCAUCUGAAGCUCCUGGUGUAGCCGCACUAAGCUUCACAAAGUCGCCGCUGAACAUAUGCGAUGGGAAACGGCCGUCCAGAUAGCAAGGCGAACAGAGCGAGAAUUUUUUGUCCUUGAGCGAAUGAUAGCGUGUUUGCGUGCAGUCUGAGCCACAGGUGUCGCAAGAAUACAGACCCGUGGCCGGUCCUUGCGUAGAGCUCGCCCCAUUUGCAAGGUUUUCGGCUUCGGCUGCGUCGAUGGACCGUGCAGAUUUGUUCGAGGUCUGGUAGAUGCUCGAACGCAGCUCCAACGAUGCUGGGGUCGCCGCUGGCUUCUUGGCACCAUUCACAGCAGCAGCUCCGGGAUUAGCAGGACGUGUGCCGGGAUGCAGAGACUGCAGACCGCGUGGUGUGUCGAGGAUGACGCGGAAAUGGCCCGUGAAUGGUGGUGCCAGGGCAGCCGGCCGAGAGUCUGGGUCGACUUGAUAAUUGAUUAGUCCCCAUUGCUCUAAGAAUGCAUGAACACGCAUGAUGGCGCACACGUCGCCGGCAAGAUUUCGACGGCAGGCGGUGACUGUGAGGUACUCCACAGGACGCAGUCUAUAUGUGUUGAUCAUGAAGUCGCGGUAGUCUUUGUAUAUGGCGGGCGUUUUCGAGCGGUUUCGCGAAUUGAAGAACUCGGGCAAAGCGCGCCGCUCGACGGGAUGGAUUUUCGACAUAUCGAACCACGCAGAGAACGAGGGUAUAAUCACCUCGUGUGUCUGCGCGGCAAGAUACUUGCGGGCCUGCUCUUCGAGUCGUAAGCGGGUGGCUUCGAGUUGGGCAGGGUCUUCGUCGUCUUCAUCGUCAUUGUCGUCGCCUUCGUCAUCGCCGCCGUCACCCAUAGAGACGUCUCCACUAUAUUCAUCAUCCCCUUCAGUUUUGAGCUGCCUGACGCGUCCCCCAUUCUCUGGACGACUGGCCCAUUCUUCAGACUGGAGAUUCGCGAUAUCGGUGCUGGGAAGGGGCUCGAGUUCAUUGCGCUUGCCGACAGCAUUGUCCAAGUCAACGGGGAGUGCCCCUUGGUCUUCGUCUAUACGCAUGCGCUUCGAGUCCGAAGCGCCGGGAGAAGGAGAACCAGCGCGUUUUGGCGAGUCCAUGAUGUUGGGAAGUGCAGGCUUGCUGACAGGUAAGCAAGUGCAAAUAACUUGCUCAGCCACAUGCUAGGUAUCGAUAUCAACCCGAUGCGAUGACCCAAUUCGUGCAAACUUAUAGGACAUUGGACUGUUCGAGCACAUGCUACCUACUUUGGUAGAUUGCGGUGUGUUUCAUGACACGAAUCUUUAGGAUUCUCCCUUGGAGGUUUCUGAUGGAAACGAUGCCCUGAAUGUAAACUAGAGAUAAGGAGCACAAAUUUGUUGAUCUUCCGGUGUCAAUUCGCGAUUGGAACUGCGAUUUUGUUGACACGUAGAUUGCAGAGGCUAUCAUUGCGACUCUCCUCGCUGAGUAGUGGCAGGAAAGCUCAAGCCUCAGCCCGUUGUCAAGGUCGGGAGCACGUGCCACGGCCUCAAUCAGCCGCGGUUUGCCCAUUUUGUACUGGUCAUCAGGAUUGGGCUUCUUCUUCACACGACCCACUUACUCCAACAACUCGCUCUCAUUUGCGUCGCAAGGGCCUUCGAGGCAGCGGCAGCUUCACGCCAAUGGCGAUACUAACAGCCGUUCUUGCUCUGUGCGCCCCCCUCAUGGCCAAUGCCCUCACUUGGUCUUUCACCAAUGCGCCGACUCAAUGCGCAAACCUGUCGGUAUCGGUCAACGGCGGCACACCCCCGUACAGGAUCCUCAUCAUACCCUUCGGCACGACCCCCUUGAGCGGAGGCACCGAAGUCCGCAAAAUCCUUGACGAGGCCUUCCCCGGAAACUCUCCGAACACCAGUUUCCAGCUCAAUUACCCUGCAAACUCGCAAUUCGUCGCAGUUGUGAGUGAUAGCACCGGGUUCGGGUCUGGGGGCACCAGUGUCAACUUGCAAGUGGCGAAUUCGAGCGAUAGCAGUUGCUUCAAUCCCAACCAGAAGAGCCAACCGACCUGGGUAUUCUCGAUAAACCCGCUGAACAGUAUCACCUCUUGCCAACCCACACGGCUCUGGUGGGACCCCUCAUCCAAUGCACCUCAAGGCACGCCUCGGUUUGAAGGUGUUAUCCCCGGCGGCAUCUCCUUCGAUAUACCAGUGACGACGGAGACUACGGUUCCUCAGCAGGGCCUCGGGUUUAAUUGGACAGUUUCUUUGGCACCCAUGACUACCGUCAUCCUCGUAGGCGGGGACGAUCGGGGCUUUGGAACAGCCGGCAGUUCGCUCUACAUCGUCGGCAACAACAUUCAGAGCGAUUCGUCUUGCCUCAAUAGCAGUAGCCCCAGCUCCACACCAGGCGCACCAGCGGGUGGAGUAGCCACCAGCACCAGUUCAAGCACCAGCACCAGCACCGGAUCUUCUAGUCCGAAUAGCUCUCAGAAAAGCAACGGUAGUAACGUGGGAGCAAUUGUCGGUGGGACAAUAGGCGGCCUUACGGGUCUCGUUGCGUUGUGUCUGGUCGGUUUGUUCCUCUACCGGCGACGAAGGUAUCACGACGAGGAAAAGAGAAGGCCACGUCCCGAUCUUCUGAAUGCAGACGAAGGAGACGAUGGCGAACAGUCUGGGAACGAACUGCCGCAGUUCUAUCGGCCAGAGCCAUUCGUGGUGCCCGAUCCGACGCGGGCGUCGCUAGGAGGAUUGACGGAGGACGAGCGAAGGACGAGCGGUUACCUGACAGAGGAGGGGCGUCCGCUCAGUGGCUACUAUGCCGAAAGCCACGCAGGAACUCAUGAUCCAUCCAUAAGCAUGAGUACCGCGACGAGGAAGACGGGAAUGCGGCAAAUGCGACCAGUCAACAUCAUCCAGCAUUCCGACGCUGGUCCCAGCCAGCCCCUUGUCGGGGGAGAAGAUGAUGAGCCCGAAACAGUGGAACUACCUCCUGCAUACACGAACAUCCCGUCGGGAAGCACGGCCCCGCCGCCUGUAGAGUCUUGACCGUGCCAUGGAUUGCCACGGUAUGUGGCGGCUGAGCUCGGAGAUGGUUUCGUUGACCGCAUUCUCAUGACAUUCAUUUCUUAACAUGUGGACAUAUCUGAUAUCCCAACUCGUCUGCUUUCGCCUGUGGAUUGCAGACGCUGUACUACUGUAUCGUGACCACAUCUCCCUCACACCUGUCAUCUAAGUACCAUAUCCUCCAAUUCAAUACCUUUCCAUUGCGGUCCAAUCAUGCGCGCUGUGCACUGCAUGAGGAACGGUACAUUCUGGGUUUGCAUCUCUUUUACGGCACCCAUGCUUGAGUACAAGGGCCUGUCAAAGUAGCUAUCAGUCUUCAGUACUAAGUACAGCCAUCAAGCAUAUGGAUGCACAGCUUUUCAGGUCCCUCAUGUUUUCCCGGAACUGUCAGGAUGCACUCAGCAGGCACUUGAAACAUUGGAGCUGAGCGACAGAACUUCUCACGGCGCCAAACACACAAGGUCAAAGGUGACUGAAAAAGCCAGCUUUUUUAGGGUGCCGCAUAGAAUGUGCCGCAUAGAAUAAGAAACAGGCUUGGGAUGGUGCACAUAACGGCUCUCCGCUCAAUUUACUUGGAGGAUUCACAUAAUUGAGUCAAGGCUCUGUACAAUCAGAGUGGAGCUUCAAUCCACAUGUCAGGUCUCGCAUCUGAGCUCCAGACUAUUCACAGGUACAAACCGUUGGAAACGCCAGAAACGCGUCGUGCGCGAAACCGGUCCAACAAGUGAAACCCGUGAUCGCGUUCCUCAAAAGGCAUCUGCUUACUUACCUGAGUGCUACAUGCUUCGCCAGCGUCUCCGGUGCAUCCAUCGCCGAACUACAAAGCCCACUAUCAUUUAUCGCCAUGGCCAAUCCUCUUCCCUUCCGUCCCCCUAGCAUGAUUGGCGCUACAGCGUCAUUCUAUGACCCAUCUGACCCCCAACAGUGGCAUUACGCCGCUGCCCAACAGCAACAUCAACAGGGCUCGUUUGAAUUCUCAUACCCUCCCCCCAAUACGUCCUACGAUGAGUUACUGGCUCAAUUUUACCAAGCUCAAGCUCCAAGCCAAGCUCCGCCGCCGCCGCCACCUCCACAUGCAAAUCCUCAGUAUCCGCGCUAUACCCCGCCCCCCGACUCCGCAUACCAUCCGGUCAAUAAGCCAGCGAAUGAACGACCUCGCAGUGUGAACAAUGCUCCACCGAGUUCGGCACCUGCUUCUGAUGCUUCGCCCCCCUCAAGCACUUCACGGUCGAAACGAAAACGUGUUGCCAAACGUCCUCCGCCACCAGCAGAUCCAGCCUAUUCUGAUCUCAGCGGGGACUCAGACGAUGGCUUCGUUUCGUAUAGCGGAAGUGCGCCCAUCAGCGUGGGUAUGGGUGGACUGGGCGUCCGCAGUAAGGGUGCACGCCUGCCUGGAGCAUGCACGCACUGCAAGAAAUUGAAAAUGAAAUGCGAUUUCGGGCCUGUGCUCGGCGGGAAUGCGGAAAGCGGAGAAUUGGACAAUACUUGCAGACGAUGUCGUGCGCAUGGGCAUGUGUGCAUAGUGGAAGGGAGGAAGCCAAGAAGUGCACCAAACAAACGGGAGUAUUUGCUGGCCCAGAUUCGCCAGAAGGAUGCCAUCAUCGAAUCACUGCUGAAGCAGUUGCACAAUCCUUACAUCGCUACUCCCCUGUCGAUUGCAUCAUAUCGGAUGGCAACUUCGCCGUCUGAUGCAACUAACCGCAACAUUCUGGCCUGGUUGGAUCGACUGCAAGCGAGUGUUCGCGCUGGAUCCGUCGAAUCAAGCGCAUCCACGUCCUCGAAUCCGUUCGCCGGUGCCUCUCCAGCUCGUAAACCAAACUCGGGAGGCUUCGCACAGUCGGUCAAUCGACACUUCCACGCUACACCUGAGGACGAUGAUUCAGAGGACGAGGGCCCCAGCAACGAGGACGAGGACACAGACGAUAAUGAAACCGAAUUGGGAGAAUCAUCUGCGCUACCGGAUGCCAGUGUCCCCAUCGGACUGAUCGCAAAUUUGAGUCUGAGCAGCAACCGUGGAAAGGAGAAGAGGGGGUCGUCGGUCCCCGGGGAUGGAUCCGAGGAUCUAGAUGAUGACAAUGUCGGUGUUGCCAAUGCUGCGUACUUCAUGCCGGGUCCAGCAACGGAUCUGGACAAACGGGCGCAGCUGAUCGAACAACACAGUCCGCCAGAAAUUCUUAUCCACGGACUGGUUGUGCCGGAGGAUGUGGAUAGACUAUUUGAAAUAUUCUAUACUCGUGUCAAUCCGUUUGUUGCUCUUCUCGAUCCCAAGUUGCACACGCCUGCAUCGACCUUCGCGAGAUGCCCAUUCUUGUUCACCGUUAUCUGUGCCAUCUCGUCACGAUACUAUCCCGAAAAAUCGGAAAUCUAUCCAAUCGCUAUGCACUUCGCCAAACAUUCGGCUGCAAAUGCAUUGAUUGACGGUUGGAAGUCUGUCGAACUCUGCCAGGCUUAUAUUCUCAUGAGCAUCUUCGCCGUCCCGGCCCGCAAGUGGGAAGAAGACCGAUCAUGGCUCUACACUGGGCUUGCCAUCCGGCUCGCUACGGACUUGAAUCUGCACCAAGUGCCGAGCAGCAAGGCUUUCAUCAAGGGCAAAGGAGUCGAGCGGGAGAUGAACGAGAGGGAGAUACUCAACCGGACCAGGGUGUGGAUGAUUUGCUUCAAUCUCGACCGCUCGACGGCGACACAGUUUGGAAAACCGUCCACGAUCAAGGAAGAUUACAUACUGCGUCAUGGGAGCGACGACUGGUAUAAAAAAUCGCCAUACAAUUCAACAUUCGAUGUGCACAUGUGUUGUUACACGGCUCUCCUUCUGCUCGUUGCGAGAUUCCACGACGAUAUCUUCUCCGAUCCCACUUCGCCCAGUGGGCUAAACAAGCACGUGGAUUUCCACUCCGUGACCCUCGCCCACGAUGCCAAGCUCGAGCGGUUCACUGAAGAGUGGGGGCUUCGUUUGGCCCAGGAUUCUGAUCCGCAUGACCGAAAGUGCCAGCUACGGUGCAAAUUGUUCCCUUUCUUGGUAUCGUACUCGCGGCUGGUCAUGUUCUCCUUUGGGUUCCAGCAGGCCUAUCAGCGCGGGCUGCAGCCUGCGGACCAUAUUUUCUUUACGAAAUGCUUGGAAUCAGCCCAGGGUGUUCUGCGGGGGAUGAUCGAUGGGUUGGCUCCGACAGGGUUUAUGCGCUAUGCCCCGGAUGGCCACUUCAUCUUUUCUGCCUUUGCGUCGGCGUUCCUGCUCAAGCUUCUGCGGCCGGAAUUCUCGCAUUUGAUGUCCAAGGAGGAAGAGAACAAGGUGUACGAUCUCAUCGGACGGCUGAUCCAGACGCUGAGUUCGCCGGAGAUUGCGAUCGACGAUCGGCAUACUCCCAAGUUGUAUGCCCGCUUUUUGGCGGGGCUGCUCUCGAAACAUCGGAGGGACGGUGCGACGGUUGGACGAUUGCAGCAGACUCAGUCGAUUG